UAAUAGCAGAAGUGCAGAAACUAGAAGCAGUUUAUUUACAGCCCUUCGAGAAAAAGGCGCAUUUUUAGUGAGAGCUAUCUAGCUGUGAUGGUGCUGAAUACCGCCUGUCAUAGCUGCUCGCAAGUUUAAUGCGUAAUUGUGCACAGGCAGUGCUGCAUCAGUAAGGGGUAACCAAUAAAGAAAACUCCAAAAAAUAAAACAAAAACACCAACAACUGCUUUGGGGACAGUGUAGGUGGAGAAAUAAAGGAGGUUUACCUAGGGAAUAAAACAAACACAGAGAAAAGAACAUUUACUUAACGUUGCUGCAGAGCAGCCACAAUGGCAUCAGUCCUUGGAAACAACACCCGUGCUUCGGGAACUCCAAACAGCCAACUGAAAUGCAAGUUCAAGAGAAGGAGGAGAAGGAGGUCUAAGAGAAAAGAGAAAGUAAGCAUGCUUUCUGCUUUCAUUGGUCCUUUCAAGUAUUUGAGUCCAGGGACUACGAGCACUGAGGAGGAAGAUCAUUUAAGUACCAGCAGUGCAGAAGUGAAGGAGAAUCGGAAUGUAGGCAAUCUGGAGGAAUGUUCCAUUGUUACCGGGGACCGGCAGCCAUUUUGUUGCACAGAUAUAUCCAGGGGCGGGACUUCAGGUCUAAAAAGGAAAAGGCCUCUUGAAGGAAACAACGGACACCUCUGCAAACUGCAGCUGAUCUGUAAGAAACUCUCCUGGUCAGUCAUACCAAAGAACGCCCUGGUUCAACUCAAUGAGCUAAAACCGGGCUUACAGUACAAAAUGGUCUCCCAGACUGGACCUGUGCACGCCCCUGUUUUUUCCAUCUCCGUGGAGGUAAACGGACUCACCUUUGAAGGCACAGGGCCUACAAAAAAGAAGGCAAAAAUGAAGGCCGCUGAGCUGGCCCUCAAGUCUUUUGUACAGUUUCCAAACGCUUCUCAGGCCCACUUUGCGAUGGGAAACCUCAGCAACCCGUCAACAGACUUUACCUCUGACCAGGCCGACUUCCCAGACACUCUGUUCAAAGAGUUUGAGUCGUCUGCACAUAGCAACAACUACCCGUGCUACAGGCCCACAGAAAAUGAAUUGAUCUCCAGUGCUUAUCGACAUGGGAGAUUACUCCGCCACACGUUGGACUUAAUGGUCCAAGCCAAACAAAACAAGCACAAGAUGGCAGCCCCAGCAGAGUGCGAGAAGAACCCAGUGGUGCUGCUAAAUGAGCUGCGACCAGGGCUGAGGUACAUUUGCCUCUCGGAGGCUGUGGAGAGGCAACACAUCAAGAGUUUUGUAAUGGCAGUGAGGGUUGAUGGGGGAACAUUUGAAGGCUCUGGACGCAGUAAGAAGCUGGCAAAGGCCCAGGCAGCACAAACGGCUCUACAAGCCCUCUUUAACAUCAGGUUGGCACCUGAGGGGAAAACCAGCCAUACGCCCAGCAGGAAUAGAUGCCCUCAUUUACCACAGGAAUUUGCAGAUUCAGUGUUCCAGCUGGUGACUGAGAAAUUCCGCGAGUUGACAGAGAGCUGUACAUCCUUGCAUGCACGUCACAAAGUCUUGGCAGGAAUCGUAAUGACCAGAGGCUUGGACAUCAGGCAAGCACAAGUGAUUGCAUUAUCGACUGGUACCAAAUGUAUCAACGGUGAAUAUAUCAGUGACCAGGGACUUGUUGUCAAUGACUGCCAUGCUGAAAUUGUUGUACGGAGAGCAUUCAUUCGAUUCCUUUACUCUCAACUGGAGCUCCUUUUGAGCAAACAGCGAGAGGACUGGGAGCAAUCAAUCUUCAUCCAGCACAAGGAGGCAGGCUACAGACUGAGAGAGAACAUCCUGUUCCAUAUGUACAUCAGCACCUCACCCUGUGGAGAUGCACGUCUCAACUCUCCCUAUGAAAUUACAUCCCACUUGCACAGCAACAAGCACAUUGUGAAGAAAUUCCACGGCCAUCUACGGACAAAGAUUGAAUCUGGAGAGGGGACCAUUCCUGUUCGAGCUCGCGGUGCAGUGCAGACCUGGGAUGGGGUGAUGCAGGGGGAGCAGCUCGUCACCAUGUCCUGUACGGAUAAAAUUGCCAGAUGGAAUGUUCUUGGUAUCCAGGGAUCGCUCCUCAGCUACUUUAUCGAGCCUAUCUACCUGCACAGCUUCAUUGUGGGGAGCCUUCAUCACACCGGUCACUUCUCAAGGACAGUGAGCCAUCGGGUACAGCACAUUGGUCAGCUGCCAGCGUCAUACAAGCAGAAUCAGCCUCUUCUCAGUGGAUUAAGCAGCACUGAGAGCCGGCAGUCGGGAAAGUCCCCCUGCUUCAGUGUGAACUGGACUGCGGGAGACACGGGACUGGAGGUCAUCAACACCAUGACUGGCAAGAAGAAGGACUCGGGGAGCUCAUCCCGCCUCUGCAAGCUCACUCUCUUCACUCGCUGGGCAAAGCUUUAUGACAAGCUGAGCAUGCAAGUGCCGCGCCAUGGGGAAACGCCAGUGAUGUACUGCGAGGCCAAGCUGGCUGCUGGAACAUACCAAACUGUGAAGCAGCAGUUGUUUAAAUCGCUGCAGGAAGCCGGACUGGGCACCUGGAUAAAGAAGCCACCGGAGCAGGAUCACUUUCUACUGCCUGUAUAAACAACACAUGUCAGCACCCCUCUGUGAAAGCUUACUGGAGUGCUCUGUUAAACUCAGGCUCUCUGGCCAACUCUCCGCUCCAUAGGAUGAGCAGGCCUCACAAAAGAAGACACAGGGAAAAAAUAAAACAUGGUAACACUUUACAUUAACCCAUUAAGCACCACUGUCCUCAUUUGAGGACAGGCUACUUUGUAAUUUUUUAAAGCAUUUUUAACUGGCAUUUACCUAUUGUUUUAAAUGUUCUGUUCUUGUUAUUUAACUGUAUUGUUAUGUAACUUACUCUAAUUGUGUUAACUGCAAAAGUUAAGUCCAAAUGUAAUGUAUCAAACUACAUAAAUACAGCUGUGUUCUAACUGUUUUAAAUAAAAAAGGAUUUGGUACUUAAUGGGUUAAGUGACUAAUUACCGUGUAUUACAAUGUUAUUAUGUAUAGUUACAAUGUACUUAAUGUGCACAUCUUUGUGCAUCAUAUAACCUUAACCCUAUAUCUUUUUUUUUCCCCCAUUUGGAAUGUCCAAUUAUGUUUUUUCUCCUCACCGCAUCGAGUCCCCACACAGCACAGACGUUCUGAGGGUGUGUGAGCAUCCUCUGAUCUCACAAGCCUAAAGUCAGAAUUGCUUUUACACUGAGAAAUCGCGGGCUACCGAUCCCGGAGAACAGAGAUCAGCCCUGCCUCUUAUCCACUCUGAAUGUGCUCAGUGUCUGGCCAGUAGGGCUCGCUGUUGCACGAUGAGGAGAAGCAAUCCCUGCUGUUUUCCCAUCCCCUACCCCGGGAGCGUCAGAGCCAAUGUGAAGCCCCCUUUAAAGUCCCCAGCAAGGUUGGCCUCUUUGCACGGCCCAGACGCGAACUGGCAAUGUUCAAGCUGUGUAACUCAUCCUGCGCUCCCACGGGCAGUGCUUUUAACUGGAUGAGCCACUCGGGGACCCCCUAACCCUAUAUCUAACCCUAACACUAACCCUAACCCUAACCCUAACCCUAACCCUUUUCUGAUUUGUAUGUACAAUUGCGUACUUACAUAUAUUGUGCAAAAAGAUUUACACAUGAAGUACAUUAUAAAUAUGCAUGAUUAGAUUGUAAUGAUGUGUAAGUCCACAUGGAUUUACUUAGUAACUACUCUGUACAUACACAGUUUUUAGAGACCCUUAAUGUAAAGUGUUACCAAAACAACACACCACAAGCACAGGUUACUGAUAAUCCAUUCCCAUUGUCUCACACAUAUUGUACGCCAUGCACAAACCACCCACAUGUUCACUCCAGGCCGCUUUUACAGCAGUGCCCUAAUUAGACCAACAUUUUAAGGUAACAGCUGCAAUUGCAUUAUUAAGCUGUGAAGAAAUUUCAGUUCUCCAACCCAAUUUAGCAUGUUAUCUGCAUAGUAAUCAUUCCUCCUUUUACCUUAAUUGUAGCCAGAAUGGUGUUGUGACACUGAUUAGCACCUUCGCUUUUAAGAGUAUCUUUAAAUAACUAAAAGCCAUGCCUUUCAUUUUACAGCUACAGUAUUUCACCUUGUUUAGCCUGUAUCUUUUUUGGAGGUCAGAGAACUGAAGGCACUCUUCCUUAAUUUAAAGGCCUCCUAUUGAAGAUGUUUCACACUACUGGAAAUUUUGGUACAUUAUUAUUGUGAAGUCACUGUGGAAAAGACAAGUUCAGCACUUUACAAGGAACAGGCACACCGUAGAUGAACUAAAGUUUGUGAUUUUAGAAACAAUAAAAUUAGAUCAUGUACAGUAGAAGAAUAAAAGAAAAUAAAUGGAUAAAUACACUAGAUACCAUGGUGCCUGAAGGUUUAAAUAGAAAGAAACAGUAGAUAAUUACAUCAUUAGCUAUAGAGUGAAUGACAUCACAAAGACAUUAGAUUUAAAGAGAAAUAAAUGUGUGGUUACCAUGGCAUCAAAAGCCUAUAAAUACCUCCAAUGUUUGUUUUCAAACACACUUUCCCUUGACAAUGGUAUGUUAAACAUAUAGAUAUACACACAUACACACACACACAUAUAUGUGUAUAUAUGUGUGUGUGUGUGUGUGUAUAUAUAUAUAUGUGUGUGUGUGUGUGUGUGUGUAUAUAUAUAUAUGUGUGUGUGUGUGUGUAUAUAUAUAUACAGACGUGCUCAAAUUUGUUGGUACCCCUCCACAAAAAACGAAGAAUGCACAAUUUUCUCUGAAAUAACUUGAAACUGACAAAAGUAAUUGGCAUCCACCAUUGUUUAUUCCAUAUUUAAUAGAAAUCAGACUUUGCUUUUGAUUUUUUAUUCAACAUAAUAUUGUAAAUAAUAAAACAAAUGAAAAUGGCAUGGACAAAAAUGAUGGGACCACUAACCUAAUAUUUUGUUGCACAACCUUUAGAGGCAAUCACUGCAAUCAAACAUUUUCUGUAGCUCUCAAUGAGACUUCUGCACCUGUUAACAGGUAGUUUGGCCCACUCUUCCUGAGCAAACUGCUCCAGCUGUCUCAGGUUUGAUGGGUGCCUUCUCCAGACUGCAAGUUUCAGCUCUUUCCAUAGAUGUUCGAUAGGAUUCAGAUCAGGACUCAUAGAAGGCCACUUCAGAAUAGUCCAAUGUUUUGUUCUUAUCCAUUCUUGGGUGCUUUUAGCUGUGUGUUUUGGGUCAUUAUCCUGUUGAAGGACCCAUGACCUGCGACUGAGACAGAGCUUUCUGACACUGGGCAGUAUGUUUUGCUCCAGAAUGCCUUGAUAGUCUUGAGAUUUCAUUGUGCCCUGCACAGAUUCAAGGCACCCUGUGCCAGGCACAGCAAAGCAGCCCCAAAACAUAACCGAGCCUCCUCCAUGUUUCACUGUAGGUAUGGUGUUCAUUUCUUUGAAAGCUUCAUUUUUUCGUCUGUGAACAUAGAGCUGAUGUGACUUGCCAAAAAGUUCCAGUUUUGACUCAUCUGUCCAAAGGACAUUCUCCCAGAAGAAUUGUGGCUUGUCAAUAUGCAUUUUAGCAAAUUCCAGUCUGUCUUUUUUAUGUUUUUCUUUCAAAAGUGGAGUCCUCCUGGGUCUUCUUCCAUGGAGCCCACUUUCGCUCAAAAAGCGACGGAUGGUGCGAUCAGAAACUGACGUACCUUCACCUUGAAGUUCAGCUUGUAUCUCUUUGGCAGUUAUCCUUGGUUCUUUUUCUACCAUUCGCAUUAUCCUUCUCUUCAAUCUGGGGUCGAUUUUCCUCUUGCGGCCGUGCCCAGGGAGGUUGGCUACAGUUCCAUGGACCUUAAACUUCUUAAUAAUAUUUGCAACUGUUGUCACAGGAACAUCAAGCUGCUUUUAAAUAGAAUGACUGAUUACAAGAUUGGAGACAUGUGUGAUACUAAUUAAAUAAACUAAUUAGUUUGAAAUAUCACUAUAAUCCAGUUAUUUAUUAUCUUUUCUAAGGGGUACCAACAAAUGUGUCCAGGCCAUUUUAGAAUAUCUUUGUAGAAUAAGCAAUAAUUCAUCUCUUUUCACAGCUUCUUUGCUUUAUUCUAUGACAUACCAAAGGCAUGCAAGUAUACAUGAUAAAAUAGCUUUUAAUUUCAUCACUUUUCAGGAGGAAUGAAACAUUAUUUCAAUGAGCUGUAAGGGUACCAACAAAUUUGAGCACGUCUGUAUAUGUGUGUGUGUGUGUGUAUAUAUAUAUAUAUAUAUAUAUAUAUAUAUAUAUGUGUGUGUGUGUGUGUGUGUGUAUAUAUAUAUAUAUAUAUGUGUGUGUGUGUGUGUGUGUGUGUGUAUAUAUAUAUAUAUAUAUAUAAAAUGUAUGACGGGCCCGUGUAUUCUUUUGAAGAUACUGACCAGGCCUAACCCUGACCUGAAGUGACUGACUGAGUUAUAAAUGCAAUCUAGCUAAACACAAUAAAUGUAACAUCUUGCCACUAGUUGUAUAGCCCAAGACAGUGUAGUACACAUUUACUGUAGUUAAUUAUAUUUUUUUGCAAGUUCUUUUGCAUUGUAUAUUUUUUGGCGCGUGUUCAUUUCUUUACAAAUAAUACAAACCCAUGGGUUUAUUGGGAGCACCAUGAAACAAAAAACAAGGUAAUACAAGUCUGAAAACCCUGACCUGCUUGUCUUUUGCCUGGAUAUUUUUGAAACCAUUGCAACACAUUUUAAAUAUGACUCUUAAAUUGAACAACGCCUCCACCUAGUGGUCAGCCAGAUGUAAUCCCAGGAGAUUACCUUUCCCUGUCUCUCAGCAUUUGUUUCCCCUUUACAGUGGAGGCUGAAGCACUGAUAAAAGUGAAUACAAUAUAUUCCCUUGUAGAGUAUGUUCCUGCUAGGUAGCUACACAGUUGUCUUAAUUGCUGUUUGUUUCUUAAAAUCCCCCUUACAAGACACUGUUAAUUCCAGGGAUCAGUACAGUAGUACAAACAUGCAAAUAUAAUCAUGUUCAUUUGGACCACACAAAGAUCUAAAUUGGCAGGUGGUGCACAGCUCACAUUUUGACGUAAAGAGUUAACGUAAACAUUAACUGGACGUCUAUCAAGAGUUACUUUUUCUACAUCCCUGGUUAACACAUUUUAAAGGAUACAUUUUAAAACAACCAGGGUGGCCUAUACUGUUAAGCUUAUGGUACUGAAUUUGGCCAGGUUGGAAAUAUUUACUUUAAUCUCAUAUCUGACCGAUUCUCUACUUGAACCUUGUUUUUGUAUGUUUUUUUGUUGUUGUUGUUGUAGUUGUUGUUUUCAAAAUGUGGAACUCAGGCUGGAAAGUUUUGAAUUACUCAUCUGGCCUUAUAAGAUCAGCUUGGGUUUUUUUUUUUUU